CUCACACACACCUUGCUACCUGCAUCUGCGACCGUCCAUCUCCGCAUUUUCGGUCUCAAAAUACGCAGAUACGUUCGCGGCAGCUUUAAGAAACAUUUAUUUAUAUGCCACUGAAUAUAUAUAACGCAUUACAGUAUCGAUUCACAUGGGAGUUAAGCCUCGAUAAAUGACAGGACGGACAGCCAUAUGUCAACAUCCACCAUUAAUACGGGGUAAGCUGGCUAGUUGUACGAAGACCUGAUCUACCUGCAUAUGGACGACAAAUUACCUGAUUAAUUCAUAUAUGUGAUUCGUGUAUAUAUAACGACUCCGCAAUCAUAUUGAUUACGUCGCUACGUUAAAAAAUUAUGAUCGAUAUAUCUAGCUACCGUACUAGAAACAGCACGGACGCUGACCAAUUAUGUGGCUACCAACAGGCUGUUUUUCGUUUAAAUUAUAUAAAAACGAUACUUAUGUGGCAGUAUGUCCAUGAUUCCUGCAGUAGACAUUUGACAAGCAUGAUGUGCGGUAGCUAAUAGCAACAGCAACCAUGUUUCCGAGAUCACGAAGGGGUCGGAGGUUAAAGGUCAUUACCCAGCAUUCACCGUCGGAAUACGCCGCCAUCUUGGAUCUGCGAGGGGAAGAGAAAUUAAUGCGGUGACAAACAGCAUGUUUAGUGCAAGAAAGAAGUUUUUAGAGGGGGUCGAAAGCGACUUCCCUGAGGAAAGCAUGUACUACAGCUCACAGUCGAUGUUUCCACAUCGAUCGGAGAAAGACAUGCUGGCAUCUCCAUCGCCUUCGUCAUCGGGUCAACUGUCCCAGCUUGGUGCAAGUUUAUAUGGACAGCAAAGUGCCCUCAGCUUCCCCAUGAGAAGCAUGAGCAGCAACAACCCUCAACUGAGCCGAAGUAUGACGCAGGGGAACCAGCUUCCGGGUCACGUCCCCCCUACCACGGCCGUGCCCACCCUGUCCCUGCACACGCCGCCCUCGCCCAGCAGGGGCAUCCUCCCCAUGAACACGAGGAACAUGAUGAACCACUCUCAGGUGAGCCAGGGCAUGGCAAUGACGGGCAGGACCAACAGCAUGGGCAGCUCGGGGCUGGGCAGCCCCAACAGGAGCUCGCCCAGCAUCAUCUGCAUGCCAAAGCAGCAGCCGUCCAGGCAGCCAUUCACCAUCAACAGCAUGUCUGGGUUCGGAAUGAACAGGAAUCAGGGAUUUGGGAUGAACAACUCGUUAUCGAGUAACAUCUUCAAUGGGACAGACGGUAGUGAAAACGUGACGGGCUUGGACCUCUCGGACUUCCCAGCGCUGGCGGACAGAAGUCGAAGGGAAGGCAGUGGCAACCCAACGCCGUUACUCAACCCGCUGGCUGGAAGGGCUCCUUACGUUGGUAUGGUCACAAAACCGUCGAACGAGCAGUCCCAAGACUUUUCCAUCCACAACGAGGACUUCCCCGCGUUGCCUGGUCCCAACUACAAGGACCCAACGUCGAACAACGAUGACAGCAAAUCUAAUUUGAACUCAUCAGGCAAGAAUUCAUCCAGCACAGAUGGACCCAAGUUCCCAGGAGACAAGAGCUCAACGGCGCAGAACAAUAACCAGCAGAAGAAGGGGAUCCAGGUGUUACCUGAUGGUCGGGUAACGAACAUUCCCACUGGGAUGGUGACUGACCAGUUCGGGAUGAUCGGGUUGCUAACGUUCAUCCGGGCGGCGGAGACGGACCCGGGUAUGGUGCACUUGGCGUUGGGCAGUGACCUGACAACACUAGGACUCAACCUCAACUCCCCAGAGAAUCUGUACCCCAAGUUCGCAUCUCCGUGGGCGUCAGCCCCGUGUCGGCCUCAGGACAUCGACUUCCACGUUCCCUCGGAGUACCUGACCAACAUUCACAUAAGGGAUAAGCUGGCUGCAAUAAAGCUGUCGCGGUACGGUGAAGACCUGCUGUUCUACCUGUACUACAUGAAUGGAGGAGACCUUCUCCAGCUCCUCGCGGCCGUAGAGCUCUUUAACCGGGACUGGCGGUACCACAAGGAGGAGCGGGUGUGGAUCACGCGGGCGCCCGGCAUGGAGCCCACGGUGAAGACCAACACCUAUGAGAGGGGGACGUACUACUUCUUCGAUUGUCUUAACUGGAGGAAGGUGGCUAAGGAGUUUCACCUUGAGUAUGACAAGCUGGAAGAGAGGCCACACGUGCCGUCGACCUUCAACUACAACCCUGCGCAGCAGGCCUUCUGA